AUGAAUCCAAGGAUACUCGCCGCCAGCCGUGCCCUUCGCGCUGGCUUCACCGCCCGCGGCUUCCAGACGUCUUCCAGGCUCUCUUCGGUCGCCGCUGCGCUUCCGGCCAGCAAGCCUGUUGGCGCAUUCCGCUCAGGAAUACUCGGUUUCUUUGCUGGCACCACGAUUGCCGGCUUCGCCGCCUAUAGCUACGUGCGCCAGGAAUUCAAGACUGCGAACGAUCUCCUCCUCGAGGACCUUUACGUGCGUUUGGCCAUCUAA